CUUCUCCCUUCCAAAGACGUCCACGCCUCGUACGCGUCCCCCUAUUGAGAUAUUUCGUGAUGGAAGCCGCAGAAGAUGUCGCGGGCGACCAAGAUGCUGGGACCCACGACCUCGAAGAGUCCAUCAUCGCUAUAGACGUCAGAGACAAGAAGAUGAUGGGAUGCAGCAUCUUCUCCACGGCCGACGGUGUUCUCAAGAUAGCGAAUGACAUACCUAUGGUGAACGAAAAUGUAGCAGAGCAGUUUCUCAACUUCGCGCAGGCGACGACAAUUCUGAUGUCGCGGCGAGUUCCGGAAACAAUCUUGGCCUUUGUUGAAAAGCAUGUUGAGAGGAAUGCCGAAGCAAGACUUGUUUUACAUCUAAUGUCCUCUUCUGAUUUCUCGCACAUGUUUGCUUGCGAAGAGUUGUCGUCGCUAUAUCCUCAUGGAGUUUCUUCAUUUCCGAUUGCAUCUCCAUCAAAUAUUGAGAGGCAAUCCGGUGAAAACAAUAUACAAGCUCCACAAACCCCCAAUCGCCAAGAGCCUCAUUGCAUGAAACUGAUCCGGUGCGGCUCUUUAAUUGACCUGGAUAGUGUUGCAUCUUUAAGCUGCGCAGGCGCCAUUUUUACAGAGCUACAUCGACGUCGUUCACUCGCAUCGUCUUUAAGCAGCUCUGUCACAGAGAACCGGUUUAAUGUGGUAUCUAUUACAAUGUUUAACUUAUUGGAUCAUGUUUUUAUCAGCGAGGAGUCCCUCCUCUCCUUACAGAUUAUCAAUCACGAGUCACACCCAAAUAGCCAAGCUUGGAGCGUCGACUCUAAGAGCUCGGCUGGAAAAGAGAAUCUCUCGAUAUAUGGUCUCCUUCAUCCAUUGGCUUCCACCCCCCAGGGCCGAACCCACCUCCGACACAUGUUUCUUAAUCCUACAUCAAACCUCGACAUCAUCGCUGAUAGACAACGCACUAUUUCCAUGCUUCUGGAACCCAACAACGAGGAAAAGACAAGACGAGCCGUCUCUAUUGGUACACUAAGAAGAUUCGCAUCUCAAUCCCUCAAACUCAGAGAAGUUGCAAUUGCUUUGUCCAGCCCAAAUCAGGGUAGUAUUAUUCGCAAAAUUUUCGACGGAAUUCCUCCACUGGCUUUCAAUCAGGUAGGCAGCAUGAUUGAUAGAGUUGUCAACUUUGACGAGACCAAGUUCCAGCAGCGCUAUUCAGUCAAGCCCGGCAUUGAUGUUGAAUUGGAUGCAUUAAAACGGCAGUACGAUGGCAUGAAUAGCCUCUUGACAGAGGUCGCCAAUAGUGUCACUCAAGAUUUGCCAACAUGGGCACGUCGGCAUAUCAAAUCAUGCAUUUUUCUUCCUCAGCUUGGGUUUUUGACUGUAGUCGAGCAAGAGUCCCAGCAAACGAAUGGUGGAUUUGAUUUGGAAUGUACAAACGAUGGCCGAUGGAAGAAAUCGUUCGUCGAUAAUGAAAAGGCUUACUAUAAAAAUCGUCAUAUGACGGAUCUCGACAACCAGUAUGGAGAUAUAUACUCCCAAAUCAGCGACAGAGAAGUCGAAGUGAUGCAGAAGCUAGCCGUGGAUAUUAUCGCCCAGGAGAACACGCUUUUGGCAGCUGCAACUAUUUGCGGAGAGUUCGAUGCCCUUCUUGCUCUUGCUAUUGGCGCUACAAAGUAUGGCUGGAACGCACCUCAGAUGACAACUGAAAACAUCAUUGACAUCACAGGCGGAAGACAUCCGCUACAGGAGUUGCUGGCUCCGUCAUUUAUCCCCAACGAUUGCUUCAUCGGCGAUGACAAUACGGCACCAGGACGUCGAGUCCAAGCGUUAGUGUUGACUGGACCAAACCAGUCUGGGAAAAGCGUUUACAUCAAACAGGUUGCAGCUAUCGUUUAUUUGGCACAUAUAGGGAGCUAUGUACCAGCUGAUAAAGCCGUGAUAGGCACGGUGGACAAAAUCUUGACUCGGAUCUCGUCACGAGAGAGCGUGUCGAGUACUGGAAGCACCUUUGCACUGGAUCUCAAACAAGUCUCACAUGCCAUGAAAUAUGCUACAUCACGAAGUCUGAUCAUUCUGGACGAGUUUGGAAAUGGAACUACAGCCGAUGAUGGUGUUGGGAUGUUCACAGCAAUGCUAGACUAUUUUCUUUCCUCAGCAGCGCAGUCACCAAAAGUAUUGGCGGCUACGCAUUUUUACGAAAUAUUUGCCAACAGCUAUUUGAAUCACCAUAAUCAACUCGCAUUAGCGCACAUGGAGGUGAAACUUGAUUCGAAUGCAGUCGAUGCGGAAGAUAAAGUCAUUUACUUGUUCAAGCUGGUUGAGGGAUACAGCUCGACAAGCUUGGGCAGCCAAUGUGCAAGAAUAAGUGGAAUCCCAGAGAUUAUCACCGACCGAGCAGAGGUCAUAGGAGAAUUAUUAAGUCGAAAUGAGGACUUGACUUAUAACUGGUCCAAGGGAAUAGAUGAAGAAGCCGACUUCAAUCAUGUAUACCAAGAAAUCGAGGAGUUUUUAAACCAAGAACCAAGCAUAUAGAUCAAAUUUGCUUGUCUCAAUCAUUC